UACACUGACGAGCGUUCACCCUAACGUAUAUUUUUUUGGUUUGGUUGGUAAGAGUAAAUUGGAAUUUGAAUCGAACGGCCAAUGAACGACGAAUAUUCGAAAGUUUUAUAACUGUCAUUUAUUCAUUUGAGGUGAAAUAGUUCUUUGCUGCAAGAUCUUCGUUGAGAUCUAGAAUAGGAGUACAAAUAUUAAUAUUAUAAACUUUAAGUAAUAUAAAUAAAAAAUAACAUGUCUAAAGAAGAUGAUACUCAAGUUAUCCCAGAAAUAAUAUAUGAUAAACACACUAAAACGACAUAUAGAAAAGGCAGGUUUUAUGGGAAGGGAGGUUUUGCAAAAUGUUACGAAUUAACAAAUACUUUAAACAGUCAAGUUUAUGCUGGAAAGAUAGUAUCAAAGUUACUUAUGACAAAACAAAAUCAGAAGGAAAAAAUGACUCAAGAAAUUCAAAUACAUCAAUCACUUCGCCACAGAAAUGUUGUUGGGUUUCAUAAUUUUUUUGAUGAUAACCACAACAUUUAUAUCAUUCUAGAAUUAUGCAGAAAGAAGUCCAUGAUGGAACUCCACAAACGUAGAAAGGCUUUAACUGAACCGGAAACUAGAUUUUAUAUGAAACAAAUUUUAUCUGGUGUCCAAUACUUGCAUCAAAAUCGAAUCAUUCAUCGGGAUUUAAAAUUAGGCAAUUUAUUUUUAAAUGAUGACUUAAUAGUGAAAAUAGGUGAUUUUGGGCUGGCUGCAAAAAUUGAAUUUGAGGGGGAAAGAAAAAAAACUUUGUGUGGCACUCCUAAUUACAUAGCUCCAGAAAUAUUAACAAAAAAGGGACAUUCCUUCGAAGUAGAUAUUUGGUCAAUAGGCUGCAUUAUGUAUACACUGCUUAUUGGAAAGCCUCCAUUUGAAACUACCAGCUUGAAGGAGACAUACGAUAGAAUAAAGAAGUGUGAAUAUAGAAUAACUUCGAAUAUAUCUGUAUCAUCUCAACACAUGAUUAUGAUGAUGUUGCAAUCAGACCCCAAAAGUCGUCCAAAAGUAGAAGAAUUAUCAAGUCAUGAAUUUAUAGUUAAUGGAUAUUGCCCACCAAGUCUUCCCGUUAGCGCAUUAACUAUGGCUCCUAGAUUUGAGAAGUUUGACGUAACUUCUAGAAGACCACUUACAGAAAUUAAUAAUGGGGAAGCCAUGGUCAUAUCUCCUCAAAAGAAACAUAAUUCAAUUACAGCAGGUUUGCUACCUACAGCACCUGUUACAAAAACUUAUUCAACAUUUGAUGCAAAAGAAAAUUUCCUGGUUCUAAAAUCUAUGAUACAUGGGGUAAUAAAAUCAAAGCCAGCCAGGCAUCAAGUUUUCUCAGAUGAAAUGUCUGAUCCUUCUGCCCAACCGAUGAUUUGGGUGUCUAAAUGGGUGGAUUAUUCCGAUAAAUAUGGUUUUGGCUAUCAAUUAUCUGAUGAAGGUGUAGGAGUUAUGUUCAAUGAUACAACAAAACUUAUUAUGUUACCCAACGGAAUAAAUGUGCACUAUGUGGAUAAAAAUGGAGACGAAUCGUACAUGACUGUCGAUAAUUAUCCAAAACAACACGAGAAGAAAAUGAAACUUCUGUCUUACUUUAGUAGGUAUAUGAGAGAACACCUCCUGAAAACUGGCGCGUCUGUAGUAAAAGAUACUGAUUCUAUGUCUCGAACACCACACUUGCAUCAAUGGUGUAGAUCGACAUCUGGUGUUCUUAUGCAAUUAAACAAUGGCACUGUGCAGAUGAAUUUUGGAGAUCAUACAAAAAUAAUAAUGUGUCCCUUGAUGGCUGCAAUAACUUAUAUAGACGAAGAUAGAUCAUUCCGAACAUUUAAGUUCGAAUCAAUACAAAAGCAUGGUUGUCCAGUAGGAUUAUACGAAAAGAUUCAUUAUGCCCACGAAAAACUUUCAAUAUUAUUAGAGUCUCAAUAAGUUCUGACAAGUUUAUGGUUAUUUUACACUUUUUAUAUUUCAUAUUUAUUCAUCGUAUAAUAAAAUUUUAUUUUUCAAA